CCUUCUUUUACAAACACACACUUGAGCUUUGGUAUCUCAAUUCAAAAACAAAACAACAAAAUAAAACAAAACACGGGAGAGAGAGAGAGAGAGGCAGAUCGGCAGAGUGAGUCCCAGAAAGAACAAACUAGGAUGGGGAGAGCUCCUUGUUGUGAGAAGAUGGGACUGAAGAAAGGGCCAUGGACAGCUGAAGAAGAUCAACUUUUGAUCGCUUUCAUACGACAACACGGCCAUGGAAACUGGCGUGCUCUUCCUAAGCAAGCUGGCCUAUUGAGAUGUGGAAAAAGUUGCAGACUGAGGUGGACGAACUACCUGAAACCAGACAUUAAGAGAGGGAAUUUUAAUAAAGAAGAAGAGGAUACAAUCAUCAACUUACACGAAAUGCUUGGGAAUAGAUGGUCUGCAAUCGCAGCAAGAUUAUCGGGUCGGACCGACAAUGAGAUUAAAAAUGUUUGGCACACCCACUUGAAGAAAAGGCUCAAAAAUUAUCAAAGCACCUCCAACACCAAAGGACAAACAGUGACAGAGCCCAAAUGUGAUUCCAAUUCCUCAGGUGAAUCCAACACCUUGAAUUCGGGUUUUGAGAGUUCUGAGUAUGCAUCAGUUUCCCCACAAGAUUCUUCUAGUCAACUCUCAUCGGUCACAGACUUAGCUGGCUUACCAAACAACGUAGUCAUUAAGGAUGAAUCAAUGGACACAUCUGAGACAUUUCCUCAAAUUGAUGAAAGUUUUUGGUCCGAAGAAUUAUCAACCGGCAAUUCCACCAUGCAAUCGGAUUUUGCUGGUUUCGCCGAGGAGUUACAAUUUCAAUUUCCAUUUCCAUUAUCUCCAUCAAUGGCAGCUUCUAUUGGUACAAUGGAACAUGUCAAUGAGUACAACUUCAAUAUUGAUGAUGACAUGGAGUUUUGGUACAACCUUCUCAUUAAAGCUGGUGGUUUACCAGAAUUAUCAAAAAUUUGAGCAGUAUUUUUCUUUGUAUUAAAUGUAGCAAAUAUUAGAAAAUUUGAAUAUUCUUGAUACAUUUGACCGUUAAAGAGGAGUUGAGAUCCUCCCCUUGCGCUCCCUCCUCACAUCCCUACUUGCAACGGUGAAGAUGCACUUUGAGUUGAUCUAAUGGUUCAUACUUGAUUAUUUAAAAAUAAAAAAAUAAUAAAACAAAUUCAAAUUUACUUUUUCCGCUCAAAUCUAGACCAUUAGAUGAACUCAAAAUGUAUCUCCACCAUUGCAAGUAAGGAGGUAAGGAGAGAGCACAAGAAGAGGAUCUAAACUCGUUAAAGAGGGGAGCGGCAAAGUC